AACUUCCUAUUUUCAGCGUCCAAGCCCCCCACCAUCGCCCCGGAGCUGAGCUGUGCCACCGGGGAGGGAGAGUUGUACCGCGGCACCAUCUCAGUGACCGAGUCCGGGAAACAGUGCCAGAGCUGGUCCGUUCAGACUCCUCAGAAACACAACCGCUCCCCAGAAAACUACCCCUGCAAAGGCCUGGAUAGCAACCACUGUCGUAACCCGGGCAACGAGAAGAUGCCCUGGUGCUACACCACCAACACUGAGACCCGCUGGGAGUACUGCAAGGUGCCGAGCUGUGGAGACGCAGCCGGACCAGAUGAGCCCGUGAUCCCCGUGGAGGAGGAGGAUUGUUACGAGGGGGACGGGACGAGUUACAGAGGAGUGACGACAGAGACAAUCAGCGGGAAAAGAUGUCAGCGCUGGAGCGCCAUGACGCCUCACAGCCACAAGAACACUCCACAGGUCUUCCCCCAAGC